GAUUUUUCAUUUCUAUUUGAAUCAGUGAGAAAGUGAAAAAACGACGUUUUCUAAAUUUUCUUCAAUUUCUCUUUAAUGGCGGAAGAACAAGCAAAUUCCAAUGUUCAAGAACCCACCCCCGACCCGAAUCAAAACUCCGUCGAAGCUACAAUCGAAUCUGGCGUCGAUUUCGGGGCCACCGAGUCCACUUGCAACAACAACAACAACGACAGCAACAACAACGAAAGCUCCGUGGUGACUUCUGAUGCUGAGUUCCAGAAGUCAUUGGAAUACGCGGAUGAGUUGAUGGUUCGGGGCUCAAAAGCCUCUCAGGACCGUGAUUACGCCGAAGCCACUGAUUACUACAGCCGUGCUUUGGAAAUCAGGGUUGCACAUUAUGGUGAACUUGCUCCUGAAUGUAUCCAAUCUUACUAUAAAUAUGGAUGUGCCCUGCUGUAUAAAGCUCAAGAAGAAGCUGAUCCAUUAGCUGCUAUGCCCAAAAAAGAGGGUGUAAAUCAUGAAAAUUCCAAUGUAGAUGGAUCUGUCACCAUAAAUGGUGAAUCUUCUGCUGCCUCGGUUUCCAAUAAUGAGGAACAAGGUGGAAGCUCAAAUAAUAUGGAUGAAGCUGCAGAUAAUGCUAUGGAAGUAAAGGACGAAGAAGAAGGUGACGAAGAAAGUGAUGCUGAGGACCUUGCUGAUGGAGAUGAGGAUGAAUCUGACUUGGAUUUGGCAUGGAAGAUGCUGGAUGUUGCUAGAGCAAUUGUUGAAAAGCACUCUGGAGAUACAAUGGAAAAGGUUGAUAUAUUGUCAGCUUUAGCAGAAGUUGCUCUGGAAAGAGAGGAUGUUGAAACUUCACUUAGUGACUACUUGAAAGCCUUGUCCAUUUUGGAGCGUCUAGUUGAACCAGACAGUCGACUUAUAGCUGAACUAAAUUUUAGGAUAUGCUUGUGCUUGGAAAUUGGUUCUAAACCUGAGGAAGCUAUUACAUAUUGCCAAAAGGCUAUAUCAGUUUGCAAGUCUCGUGUGCAGCGACUAAUGAAUGAGGUAAAGAGCUCAUCAGGAUCAGCAGAAACACCGGCUGCUUCUGAAUCAAGCCAAACUAUUCAACAGUCUUCCAAUACAUUGGAUGAUUCUCUGGAAGACAAAGAAGCUGAGAUUAAAACACUUGAUGGUCUGUCUGGUGAGCUGGAAAAGAAGCUUGAAGAUCUUCAUCAGCUUGUCUCAAACCCAACGUCUAUCCUCUCAGAUAUCCUGGGAAUGAUGUCUGCAAAGGUGAGUGGCGCUGAGAAAAAUGCUCUUUCUAAUGCAUCAAGCACCUCACGGAUAGGUGUUGCUAACAUUGGUGGAGCUAUUGAGUUGUCAACUGUCUCUACUGCGCACACAAAUGGGGCUGCUCCAGUAACACAUCUGGGAGUUGUGGGAAGAGGAGUCAAGCGAGUUGUGAUGAACUCAGGCACGGAAGAGUCUAGUGCAUCCAAGAAACCUUGUAUCGAUCCAUCACCAAACAAUGGUGAGGGCAGUGACCCUUGAAGAAUUCUGCAAGUGGAAGUCUGCUCUAGGAAAUUUCACUAUUGACCGAUAAUUAUAUUUCUCUAAGAGCACAAAAGAUUAAACAAUAUGAUGCUUAAAUUGCUGUUUUGAAUCUUGAAUUUAUUUUUGUUAGUUUGUUGUUGUCAACUUACUGCUUUAAUUUGAAGGCAAAUUUUCCAAGUAAAUAUGGUUCUUGCAUGGCCA